GUGAAAUAAAAUUUCCUUUGAGGAACGGAAGAAGAAGAGGAAAGGUUAUUGGAGCGAGAGCUUGCUAUGGAAUCGGCGGAGGCGGCGAGGAACGCGAAGGAGACGCUCGAACUGGCCUUCCAGAUGUCGAAUAUUCUGGAGACAGGCCUCGACCGCCACACCCUCUCCCUCCUCAUCGCCCUCUGCGAUCGCGGCGUCAACCCCGAAGCCCUAGCCACCCUCGUCCGCGAGAUCUCCCAGCGGCCCGGCCCUUCGGCACCCUCCGCCACCGCCACCUCCUCCGCCUCUUCUUCCCGUGCAAAUCCCCGCCAGUAGAUGCGCCUUCGUGCCUCCAUUGCUAGGAACUUGAAGAAUUUAUGGCAAACUCAUCAACCAGGCUCAUCUCAUGAUGAGGUUGAUUGUGAUACAGAAAGACAACUGAUAUUGUUCUCAGUGAAAAGCAAGCUCAGUAGAUGAAGGGCAC